AUGGCUGAGAGCGUACAUCCGGCGUAUCUCUCGCCUAGCGAGCUGGGCUCAAAGGACUACGAGAAACCAGGCGCAGAGACCUCGCCCUCAUUUGAACCCCCGCCUUUGGAUUGCUUCCCCUUCCCUCUUUGCAGGAUAGAACGAGCCUUGCAGCCCGGAAAGGUCCCGGACGCGUUUCGCUGGGAAUCCUACUAUGCGCGCACCCUUGCGCACAUUGCACAUGCCGAUACAGAGCCCGACUCGCAGCAAGGUCCCGCGGACCAUUCCGACGUAGACUCGGACGCAGACGUCAACGAUGAAGAUGACCCCGGCACGUCAUGGUUCUCCGAGCACAAUGCGCCGGAAAAGGUUCUCCAGUUCCUCACUCGGCGAUCAUUCCCGCUUGCGCCGCGGAAUCGGCGUGCGGGAGGACCGGCUCCCCCGUCGAUUCUGGAUCUGGGGACGGGCAAUGGGAAUGGUGGGGGUGGAUUACUCGGCGAGGAGUGUGGAAUUGGCGCGGGAAUUGCAGCGGUCGAGGGUCAUUCGGCGUAUCGGACGGAUAGUGAGGAUGAGGAUGAGGAUGAUGACGAGGAGGGAAGUGAGGGGGAGGACACAGACAAUGUGAGAAAGGAUGAUGGAGCCCAGUCUACCCCCAUUCAGUUUGAGGAAUGGGAUAUCUUGGGCUCCAAGGCUCUCCUGUCCGAGACGGGGGAGAAAGUCACACCGAGUCCGGGGUCUGAUACAUUGAGUUGGUUUCCCUAUGAGGACGGUGGCUUUGAUAUUGUUCUGGACAAGGGCACCUUUGAUGCGAUCUCUCUGGCGGAUGAUGCCCAGGACACACGCGUGUGUGAGCGGUAUCCCGACAUUGUGCGACGCCUCGUCAAGAAGGGAGGGUAUCUGAUCGUGACCAGUUGCAAUUGGACCGAGGAUGAGCUGGUGAAAUGGUUCGUCCCCGAGACCAAGGGGGAUCGGACGGAUCGUCUGAGUGUCUGGGGUCGUGUCGAGUAUCCUCGCUUCAGGUUUGGUGGUCAAGAGGGACAGGGCGUGUGUACGGUGUGCUUUCAGCGUGUUGCAAGUUCGUGA